CCCUGUGGACAAAGCAUUACCUUUUAUCGCUUCGAUUUUUUGGCUCUGUUUAUGUCAUCGAGAGAUAAGCACUUGAGCCGAAGUCCAUCUUCCGCUGAGCACAGCAAAGUCCCCCAAAGGGAAAGCAGGAUGGGGGCUGGAGCGAGUGCUGAGGAGAAACACUCCAGAGAGCUGGAGAAGAAGCUGAAGGAGGAUGCUGACAUUGAUGCGAGAACUGUCAAGCUGCUGCUGCUAGGUGCUGGAGAGUCAGGCAAAAGCACAAUCGUCAAACAGAUGAAAAUUAUCCACAAAGACGGUUACUCACUUGAAGAAUGCUUGGAGUUCAUUACCAUUAUCUACAGCAACACCCUGCAGUCCACCAUGGCCAUUGUGAAGGCCAUGAACACACUCAACAUUAACUACGGACACUCUGAUCAGCAGGAUGAUGCCAGGAAACUGAUGCACCUUGCAGACACCAUUGAGGAGGGCACCAUGCCUAAAGAGCUGGCAGACAUCAUUCUGCGCCUAUGGAAGGACUCUGGCAUACAGGCGUGCUUCGACAGGGCCUCAGAGUACCAACUCAAUGACUCUGCUGGAUAUUACCUGAAUGACUUGGAGCGACUGAUCCAGCCAGGCUACGUUCCCACUGAGCAGGAUGUGCUGCGAUCAAGAGUGAAGACCACAGGUAUCAUCGAGACCCAGUUUUCCUUCAAAGAUCUACACUUUAGAAUGUUUGAUGUAGGAGGUCAGAGGUCUGAGAGGAAGAAGUGGAUCCAUUGUUUUGAAGGUGUGACCUGCAUCAUCUUCAUUGCUGCUUUGAGCGCCUAUGACAUGGUGCUUGUGGAGGAUGAUGAAGUGAACCGAAUGCACGAAAGUUUACACCUGUUCAACAGUAUCUGCAACCACCGCUACUUCGCUGCCACCUCCAUUGUACUCUUUCUCAACAAGAAAGACGUUUUCAUUGAGAAGAUCAAGAAAGCCCAUCUCAGCAUGUGCUUCCCUGAGUAUGAUGGCCCCAACACGUACGAGGAUGGUGGUAAUUACAUCAAAAUGCAGUUCUUGGACCUCAACAUGCGUCGAGACAUCAAAGAAAUCUACUCUCACAUGACCUGUGCCACCGACACGGAGAACGUCAAGUUUGUGUUUGAUGCCGUCACUGACAUCAUCAUCAAAGAAAACCUGAAAGACUGCGGUCUCUUUUAAGAGCUAAGCUGAGUGACAUAUUAAAAGGUGAUCCUGAAGCAUCAUCACAUUCAAGAAAUUCCAUCUCAAUUCAAAACUGAGGACUGACGAUGAAAACUUUCCCCUCAAUCAGACGUCCUCAAACCAGUGAAAGCAAGAUAAAAAAAAUCAAUUUGAUAUGUUCAAAAUGAAAUUGAAGCUUAAAACCAAAGACUCCUCGACAACUUAGACAAGAGGACAACACUUGGAUCAGAAAAUCCUGUGCAGAAUUCAGAGGAGUUUAAUUUUAGUCAAGCAACUUCUUCCUCAACUCAUCUUUGGACGAGGGGGGUGCAGUCUGUAGUUAAGACACCAAAAGCUUAUGUCAGCACAAAGUGAUUCCGUCUCAGAUGCACUAUAGUGAAUGAAUGUAAGGGUAGUACAUCGAGUCUGUGCUUUAAUAACUUAUCAACUUACCAAAAGACAACGAAGACCUGCUGCAGAGGUCAAUCUGUGCUGGAGAUGUUUUGAAAAUUGCCAAUAGAAAUUGCUUUGGGAACAGAAAUUAGGUUACAGUUUGCAAUUUCUUGAAGAGUAAUAUAAAAGUAACUGUUGAAUAGAGCCAGUGUAUAUAAUUAAAGUUUUCUAUUGGUCAAUUUUGAAGUGUGGUGAUACCAUGUGGAUCUAAAGCCCUGCUGGGACGUAAUAUGCUACAACUUAAUUGUCUCAAAGUUGAAUAAACUGCAGGCAUUUAGUCAACUAUCCUGUACAGUAACCAGUGAUUUUAAACUCUUCUGAUCUUACUAAA